GUUUUUCUUCCAACUUUUCCAGGAAGUGGUGAACUUCCAUUGUAGAAGUGAAUUCUGUUCAGUGCAGCUAUGGGAGCAUAAAGCGCGUCCUUUGACAAUCGGCAACGUUAGAUAAUCGGUUUCCUCAGUUGCUGGCUGAUUUUCCCGAAUGUCCCGAUCUGACGGUAAUGCGUGAAAAUGCCCGGUGGGAAGUUCUCAAAACGAGUAGCCGGAAUCAUUAUCCGGAGUCGGCGGACUAUCAUGAAGGACGGCUUCAUCAUGUCCGGGAUUGGAGAACCGAGCUUGUUCCACGCCUUGAUCGUGAUCUUUUUGGAAUUUUUCGCAUGGGGCUUAUUAGUUUCACCGAUGAUCACAGUGCUGAAUGAGACGUUCCCGAAGCACAUGUUUCUCAUGAAUGGAAUCAUUGUGGGCAUCAAGGGCAUUUUAUCGUUUUUGAGCGCUCCUUUAAUCGGCGCGCUCUCGGAUGUUUGGGGACGUAAGCUUUUUUUGCUCCUGACGGUAUCAUUUACGUGCGCUCCGAUACCAUUGAUCAUGAUCAACACCUGGUGGUACUUCGCCAUGAUCUCUAUUUCCGGCAUACUCGCUGUAACCUUUUCCGUCGUGUUUGCUUACGUUGCCGACGUGACCGAGGAGCAGGAGCGCAGUUUUGCUUACGGGCUUGUAUCUGCGACAUUUGCUGCCAGUUUAGUGACGAGCCCGGGACUGGGGGCAUUCUUGGGAAGAGUCUACGGGGACGCCUUUGUGGUGUGGUUGGCGUCAGCCAUUUCGUUGCUUGACGUUCUCUUCAUCCUGGUUGCAGUCCCGGAGUCGUUGCCUGAACGAGCCGGUUCUGUGCAGACCAUCAGCUGGGAGCAUGUAGAUCCCUUUUUGUCGUUGCGAAAGAUUGGACAAGAUAAGACUAUCAUGAUGACAUCGCUGGUGGUGUUUUUAUCGUACCUUCCGGAAGCCGGACAGUAUUCGUGCUUUUUUGUGUAUUUGAGAUUGGUGAUGGGAUUCUCUCCCGAGAACGUGGCUCUGUUCAUGGCGGUCGUAGGAAUGCUUUCGGUUGCCGCGCAAACUGCGCUCUUGGGGACCCUGAUGAGAGUCGUUGGUGCUAAACGGACCAUAAUCAUUGGACUGGUGUUCGAAAUGCUUGAAUUGUUUUGGUACGGCUUUGGCUCACACUUCUGGAUGAUGUGGGCCGCCGGUUGUUUGGCGGCGAUGUCGCAGAUAACGUACCCGGCGAUUUCGACGUUUGUUUCGACUCACAUGGACGCGGACAAACAAGGUGUGGGGCAAGGAGUGAUCACUGGGAUCCGAGGGCUUUGCACGGGCCUGGGCCCCGCUUUGUAUGGCUUUGUAUUUUACUUGUUCCAUGUGGAUCUGAAUGAGAACGAAGCCAAGCUGCACUCGCAUGAAUCUCACGCUGAGCGCAAUGCCACUAGUGCCAGCGAUCUUAUCGACUUUCGAAUCAUCCCUGGACCUCCAUUUGUGUUCGGGGCAUUACUGGUCAUUUGCGCUCUCGCUUUGGCAGCCUUUAUCCCGGAGGAAGCGAGCCAAUCGGGGAAAUCUCCUGCUAAACAUGGAGUUCAUAGGCGCCAAUCAGGUGACUACUGACCGGGGGUUCACUGCUCCAAGGGGAAUUUUGGUAAACCGUCAAAACGUGGGCAGAUUUUUUUCAGCAUUUCCGUUUGUGCGUAGCGAAAUUGUGAGGUAGGUGGUUGAAUCAAAAUGCGGUGUUCAUGGUUACUGGGCUGUUCGUUCGAAGGAGCUUAUUUGAGCGUGCUUCUGUCCUGCUGUUCGGUUCGGUUGGUAGAAUUUGGGGAAAAAACUGAGUCGAGGCUUUCAAAAUGGCGAUCUAUGCGGAUUACAAAUCUCGUUGCAUGUACAGGGUGGACCAAGAAAAAGGGCGGAAGGAUCUUUUAGAAGCUACACUAUUAACCUAGGAAAGUGUCAAAUCGUAGUUCAUUCCAUUGUGUUUCAUGUACAUCUAGUUUCAUGAUUUCAGUUACCGUAUAUCGAUGUGGCUAACAUGGGAAUUCUCGUGACGGUUGUGUUACAUUUUUUUUAAAUUUUAAAAUUAAUCCGUAGUACUGUAUCCACAUUUUCCCAAGCUUAAGAAGUAUGCAAAAUUUGGCUUGGAAAAUCAGUGCAUUUUAAAUCUUUUUGCAAAUUUAAACUUGAUGGCCUCUUGAAAUCACAUGCAGAACGAUUCCUUUUGGCCUAACAAUUUGAGGCAAGUCUCAAUUUGCUUAAAAUGUUUCCGGCCUUUUUUUUUUUUUUUUGCUUUAUGACACAAAUAGUUACAAUAACACGAAUGCUAUGCAGUUACGGGUGAUGCUUGUGAAUAUUCCUUCGAGUAUAACUUGUGUUCAUGUUCAAAGCCCUCGAGGCAAUCGUAUAUUCAUGGGCAAUCAUUUUUUAAGACUAAAAGAAAAGCUUUCAUGAUUGAUUGACGUUUAUUUUCUAUAGUACUGUAUUUUACUGAAUUUAAAUAUGGUUCAGUACCUAUUUAACAUGAGGAGUAUUUUGUUUCGUCAGUUAUAGAACAUGGCAUCAAUUCCUUUGAACAACUGCUUUCAUGAUUACCUUCCCCCUCCUCUUUCAACUCUUUGCCGCCCUGAAUGAGUUACAGUAUGUUUGUUAGUUUUCCAUUUACUCAGUAUUCGAUAAAGAGGGAAAAUUUCGAGUUGUUGAGAAAAACUUGUGUACCCGCGAAACGCUGUUUGAACUGUGAGGGCACGUUUAAGACAGGAUCCGAAUCUUAUGGCUACUUUUUCCUUGUCCACCCUGGAUCGUGUGUUCCCGUGAUGAAUGGAGUGUUCGCUUGCGAUUUGUCUUGAGGAAUUUCUGCUUGGUCUUGGAAUGAACGUGUUUGUGUAAAUUUUGCAACAGAACUGUCUCGGAAGAGGUCCUGUGAUGACGACUUGCCACUGAUGAACCCGAAUCGACUCUGAUGCUGGCUGGAUCUUGCGCUUUGUGGAGUGAACUAACACCUCAGUCUCGUCUUUUUUUCUCAAUUAAAGCUAUCGGCGCGCAAUGAAUGCUUUUUUUGAGGAGUUUGUUCUAGUCCGCUUGUCAUCCUGCUCGUUUCGCUGGCAUGUUGACGCAUUGGCGUGGAGCAGUGGGUGAAGUUGAUGUUCAUUAACUGGAGUCGUUUCUUCUGAGUUAAUUUUUUUCUUUCGUUUUAUUCGCGCGGAAUUUAUUCUCUCUGACGUCUGAGCAAGUUUUGACAGCGUAAAAGAAGGUCCAAUCAAGCUUUUAUUUAUUUCCCCGUGCAGAUGAGCGAGGUACUUGAAUGAAUUACGGUCCGUCACGUGAACGUACUGAAUAAGGUUUGGCGGAAGGUGAUGGAAGAGCAGUGCGUGGCUCUGGAAAAUCUCGGGUUGUUCAGUUUCCAUAGUCCAGUUCCUUUUACUUGGAAUGGUUAACUGGAAUCAUUCUCUCAGUAUUUCUUUCUUCCCCGGUGGAAAGCAAAUGCGAUUGUAUCGGGAGUUUCUCAAUUUCCGAUAGAGUGCUAUGCUGGUGGAGUCUCUAUACACUCGUCAGUGAUUUUUGUCUGGAGAGAAUAUGUACCAAAUAUUUUUCUGUCUCCGGCAUACAUCAAAAUUUAAAAUGAACUCUAUGCUGUCUAGAAAGUCCAAUUGUCUUACCGAAUAAAAUGACGGUUGAAGCUGCCCCUGAAGUCCUUCUAAAUUCAUGUGCCAAUUUGUGUACUCGUAUUCAAGGCGUCGGAAUUGAGUUGCUCAAAAUAGGUUUGGUUUGGUUGCUCAUGGCAUCAAGAUCAGUUCAAGACGAUUAUGUGAUGGGUUACUGUCGGUAUUUUAGGUAGAAGAUUGAUCAUGAUUAGUUAGCUGAGAGGUUGUUCUAAAAUUCUGUACUAGUAUGUCGGAUUAUGCUAGUUAAAUGUAAGUAUGAAUGAUUCUAGGUGAGGUUAGCUAAGAUUAGGCCAGUAUAGGCUAUGAUUAUGUUUUUCUACGUGGAUUUUCAUCAUUCCAGCAGCAGUACAGUCUUAAAAUAUUUGCCAAAAAGGGGCAGCUUCAAUAAUUAAUUACCUACGUUUCGACACAUUUCCUCCGUACUUUAUUCCCUAUCCUUUUCUGGUGUGUGAAAUGAAAAUCCGGGUGUGUGUUUCAGUGACCUGAUUUAUUGUGAGCAGCGGUGUGGGUAAUUUUGUGCAGUUUGAAUGUGAAUUUCUGUCAGUAUAGUUACUUGGGUGAGGAGAAAACUAUAAUGGUGAGAUCUCGGAUCGACCCGUUUGACUUUUCUAACUUAGCCCCUAACGCUUUUGAGUUGCGGGCGGGAUUUCUUUUUGCAAGACAUAUCAGAUUUUUCCCCUCGCCCUGGUGUGUGAGUGAUUGCGAUAAUUGAGUUUCUGUGGCCACCUUGUUUCCCCAAAAGAAUUCUUUGUGUCGGAAGGGGCGCGAUUUGUUUAAUCAAGAAUGAAAAGCGGAUCUCUGACGAAUUAGACGGUGGAGGUUCUAGUUUGGCGAUUGUCGACAUUUUUUUUUCUCGAGAUGUUAGCACCAUGAUGAGCAGUAGGUAGGACGCGGUAGAGCGAGGUUUUUCCUCCUGUGAUAUUGUUGGUGUAAAGUUCGUUUGACUGGGAGUCGAAAAAGGCUCGAUAUUAGUCAAACAAGACUCGGAGGCUUUUGAAGAAAAAUUUUUUUUGAAGUGGCAUAGGGUAUUGAAUUUUCGCUGUGGGUUUUGUCAUGACUAUUUUAGACGAUGCAUUUCGGUUCGCUUUUGGUGUAGCUGUUCAUGCCGAAGUUUCGCAAGAAAUGCAAUCUUUUCGACAGCCAUGGAAA